AGGAUUCCUAAUCUUAGACUGAUGUGUGAACGGAGCAGUCUAGAAGAUGAGCACGUCGUCGUGGGAUAUAUAAGAAUGCGGUGAAUGCGCUUCAGGAAUGGAACGACAAGAGAGAACGAAGGAGAGAUCACGGCUGAACUGAAGCCGAACAAAGAGCAAAGCAGCAGGAUAUUUCGCACCCGACAUUGUCCCGUAGCAGACGCAAUGGUUCAUUCUGUGCGCUACCUGACCCUCUCGACAGGCGAGAAAAUCUUCUAUCGCGAAGCCGGCCCAACCUCAGCUCCCGCGGUCCUUCUCCUACACGGCUUCCCCAGUUCGUCGCAUCAGUACCGCAAUCUGAUCCCCAUCCUCGCACGGAAGUACCGCGUGCUCGCACCCGACCUGCCGGGCUUUGGCUUCACGGAAGUGAGCUCCGACUACGUGUACAGCUUCGACAACUUUGCGAAGACGAUCGGAAGAUGGCUCAAGGAGGUGCCCGACGCGCCGUCCAAGUACGCCAUCUACAUCUUUGACUACGGCGCUCCGACCGGACUGCGACUCGCGUUGGAGAACCCGUCGGCCGUCACGGCCGUCAUCACUCAGAACGGAAAUGCGUACGUCGAGGGCCUUGGAGAUGCUUGGGCGCCCAUCAAGCAGUACUGGGCGACCGGCAGCAAGGAAGACCGCGAGGCGAUUCGCAUGCUGACCUCGGCCGACUUCACCAGAUUCCAGUACAGCAUGGGCCUCAGCGACCCGUCCGUGGUGCAGCCGGAGGCGUACACCCUGGACCAAGCCCUGCUGGACCGACCGGGUAACGUAGACAUCCAGCUCGACAUAUUCUACGACUACCGGAAGAAUGUCGAGCUGUAUCCAAGGUUCCAGGACUACUUUCGCACGAGCCAGGUGCCGCUGCUAGCCGUGUGGGGCGAGAAAGACGUGCUGUUCAUAGCAGCUGGGGCGGAGGCGUUCAAGAAGGAUUUACCAAAUGCUGAAGUGCAUCUUGUCGACGCCGGACACUUUGCUUUGGAGACGAAUCUUGACGAGAUCUCUGAGCUGAUGUUGAAGUUCUUGGAAAAGUACGCCGCGUGAAACCUGCACGGCUCUCCAAAAUGUUGCUCGAUCGUUGAUGCAGAACGGGGGUUGACGUUUGAUUUUUCGCUCUGGCCAAGUAGUUUGUUCCUGUCUCUUGUCAAAACACUUUCUCCAACACGGCAACAUUUUUCAGCUGGGUUGAUGACAAAACCGG